AUAAAUGCCAUGGAGGUGACGCUCCGAAGCAGAGGAAAGGCCAAGCCCAAAGGCGUGUGAAGAAAGACAAGCCAAGGAAGAGGGGUGCCAGGUCAAAAGGAAACUACACAGCUGUGUGCUUGAAAGAGCAGAGUUUAUCAGGCCUCCACCAACAGCUUGCCAAGGACUUUUUAAACACCCACCUCUAUGGACCAGACACCAACCGGGUGCAGGCAAAUGAAUUUUUUUCCCUUGAAAAUAAGAAAAACCCAAUUAAAAAAGCUGCAGUUCAGUUUGUGGACAAAUCUUGGGGGCAAGAAAAAAAGCAAAGAGCAGCAAGGUUUAAAAAACGAUGGCUCGCGACACAGAUUAAAAACAGAGUAUGA